CCCGCGCCCGCGCCUCCCUCUGCGCCCUGUGGCCGCGCCCCGCGGGCCGCCCUGCCAGCCCCGACGGGAUGCCCGCGGCCAUGCUCCCCUACGCCUGCGUCCUGGUGCUUCUGGGAGUUCACACUGCAGAGGCAGCUGGUGCGGCAGGGGACAACCGCCUGCGUUGGGAACCCCGCUGCCAGCGGCCCUUGCCAGACAGAGCGCCCAGCACUGCAGUCCUGCCCCCACGCCUCAAUGGGCCCUGGAUCUCCACUGGCUGUGAGGUGCGCCCCGGACCGGAGUUCCUCACCCGCUCCUACACCUUCCACCCCAGCCGCCUCUUCCGCGCCUACCAGUUCUACUACGAAGACCCCUUCUGCCAGGAGCCUGCUCACUCGCUGCUGGUCAAGGGCAAGGUCCGCCUGCGCCGGGCCUCCUGGGUCACCCGGGGCGCCACUGAGGCUGAUUACCACCUGCACAAGGUGGGCAUCGUCUUCCACAGCCACCGAGCCCUGCUGGAUGUCACUGGGCGCCUCAACCAGACCCAGGCUGGCCAGGACUGUGCGCGGCGGCUGCCCCCGGCCCGGGCCUGGCUCCCUGGGGCGCUGUACGAGCUGCUGGACACCAGGGCUGAGGGGGACUGCGUGGCGGCCCUGGGCUUCACCAUGCACGAGCUCAGCCUGGUCCGCGUGCAGCGCCGCCUGCAGCCACAGCCCCGGGCCGUGCCCCAGCUGGUGGAAGAGCUGUUCCUGGGGGACAUCCACACCGACCGGGCAGAGAGGCAGCACUACCGGCCCACCGGAUACCAGCGCCCGCUGCAGAGCGCCCUGCACCACGCGCGGCCCUGCCCGGCCUGUGGCCUCAUUGCCCGUGCCAACGUGCACCACCCACCCGAGCUGCCACCCCCGCUGGCCCUGCCCCUGCGCCUGGGCGGCUGGUGGGUCAGCUCAGGCUGCGAGGUGCGCCCAGCUGUCCUGUUCCUCACCCGACUCUUCACCUUCCACGGGCACAGCCGCUCCUGGGAGGGGUAUUACCACCACUUCUCAGACCCCAACUGCCGCCAGCCCACCUUCACCGUGUACGCGGCCGGCCACUACACCAGGGGCAUGCCAUCCACCAGGGUCCGUGGCGGCACCGAGCUGGUGUUCGAGGUCACGCGGGCCCACGUGACCCCCAUGGACCAGGUCACUACGGCUAUGCUCAACUUCUCUGAGCCAAGCAGCUGUGGGGGCCCCGGGGCCUGGUCCGUGGGCACCGAGCGGGACGUCACAGCCACCAACGGGUGCCUGCCGCUGGGCAUCCGCCUUCCUCACGUGGAGUAUGAGCUGUUCAAGAUGGAGCAAGACUCCCUCGGGCAAAGCCUCCUCUUUAUAGGACAAAGGCCGACUGAUGGGUCGAGUCCCGACAUCCCCGAGAAGCGUCCCACCUCCUACCAAGCGCCCCUGGUGCUCUGUGGGGGGGAGGCCCAGAACCUCUCCAGGCCUCCGCUGCAGAUGGCUCCCCGCGCUGGAGGUCCUCAUGCUGUCCCCCUGCCCCUUCUGCUCCUGGUCCUAGGAUUGGCCUUCCUUGAGUGA